AUGGCCAUGGAGCCGGCCAUCCGUCGAAUCCGAAACAUGAAUAAGGGGUACUCGCUGCAUGGUCAGUCAGUCAGCGUCUUGGCCUAUGCAGAUGACAUUGCUAUCAUUAGCAAUUCUGCACAAGGCCUGCAAGACCAAUUGGACGCCAUCACUAACUGGACCGACUGGGCAGGGAUCCAUUUCAAUAUUAACAAGUGUGGGACCCUUGCAGUACUCGGCAAACAACAUACUGCAGGAGACGUUGCCUUUUCCAUCAAGCAACAGGAAAUCCCAACACUAAAGAGGGAGGACGCCUACAAACAUCUUGGCGUCCCCACCGGCUUCACUAAAUGCGACACCGAAGCAGCCACGACUAACAACAUCAUAGUGGCUAUAGAAAAGCUGGACUCUUCAAAAUUGGCGCCAUGGCAAAAGAUAGACGCCAUAAAUACCUUCAUCAUGCCCAAACUUGCCUUUUGUCUCACAGCUGGCACAACGCCAAAAAAGACACUUGACAAAAUCGACCGUAUUACCAAACGUUGCGUAAAACGCUGGCUGGGGCUUCCUCAAAGGGCUAGCACUGAAAUCGUGCAUCUCCCCUACAAGCAGGGUGGUACUAACAUCACCCCCACCAGCCACUUGUCAGAUAUCGCACAAAUCUGUCACGCUUCUCAUCUCUUCCACUCCAGAGACCCUGACAUUGUCAACAUCUCUCGUGGCACACUUGAAGAAGUAGUAAGCUUCAGAAUCGGCAGGGCAGCCAACACCGACGACCUAUGUCGCUACUUGGACGGCUCUAUGGAGGAAGAAUUCGGCCGCCCAAGUAAAGACAUUACCUCAGUCUGGACCAGGUUGCGCAUGGCGACCAGACGCCUUAAAAAACGAAUCAACAUCCACUGGACAGUCGGUCCUGACAAUCUGCCCGUCAUUUCCACUGAGGACAAUCUAAUAAACGCCCAAAACUGCCAGCGCACUCUUUGUGGCCUCCUUAAAGAACAUUAUCAUCACAGUCUAACCUCCAAACCUGAUCAAGGAAAGGCCUACAAAGUCACCACCACUAGCGAAGUGAGCAACCACUUCAUGAACAACGGCCACUACACCCGGUUCUCGGAUUGGUUCUUUAUCCACCGAGCCCGGAUGAGCACGGUUGCACUUCGUGGUCACAAGCGCUUUGGCAGCGACACAAAGAGAUGUCGUCGUUGCGGUUACCAGCGAGAGACUCUUGCACAUGUUCUCUGUCACUGUCCGCCAAACUUUCACCUCAUCACACGGAGACACAAUGCGAUUCUCAACCGCAUUGUAUCGGCGUUCAGACCCAGAGACGCAAAAGUAUAUGUCAAUCAGCGCGUCCCCGGCUUUAACGAAAACUGCCGCCCAGAUAUGGUCGUCGUCCACGAUGCCUCUAAAUCUGCCACCAUCGUGGACGUCACAGUACCAUUUGAAAACGGAGCCGACGCCUUCCAGACAGCCCGGGAUGAGAAGCUACGCAAAUAUAAUUCCCUUGCCCAUCACUUCCGGCAACUAGGAUACAACACCCAUAUCAGCGCUUUUGUCAUAGGCGCCUUGGGAGGGUAUGACCACACCAACGAAGCCACCCUCCAGCGCCUGGGGAUCCAUCGCAACUACUCCAAGCUGAUGAAGAAGCUGAUGAUAAGUGAUACCAUCAGAUGGAGCAACGAUAUCUACAGACAUCAUCUAAACCCACAUGGACGUCCACCACGUCAACAGUCUACCUUACAACCAGGUAACAACUAA